UGUACCAACUCCCCAAGGACGAGCCCUACACCAUGGGGCCGAGAAAUGCGAGGACGAAGAAGUACAUCUUGGGCGGCGAGGUCGGCGCCGGCUCGUACGGCUCCGUGUGGUGGGCCUUAGAUGCGACCAACGGCCAGGUCAUGGCCGUCAAGAGAUUCCACAAGCUGUCGGGCAGGAACCUCGAGUUCGCCACCCGCGAAAUCGCCAACCUCUUCCGCAUCAACAGAGACGACUCGAUCAGACACGAACACAUCCUGAAGAUUCUCGACUGCGCAGGUGGCGGGAGGGGCGACAACUGGGGCGAGAUCUUCAUGCCCCUGAUGGAAGGAAACCUGAAGACGCUGGUGGAAAAGGUCGGCGUGCCGGACGAAUACGCUCUCUCUGACGUAGUCCUGCGCCAGAUGCUGCUCGCCCUGGAGUGCAUCGCCUCGCACCGCAUCAUCCACCGCGACGUCAAGCCGGAAAACAUCCUGUGGGAGUACGACGAGGCCGGCAACUACCGCUUCUGCCUCGGCGACUUCGGCCUCUCCAACGACCCGAACCUCGCGAGGACGGCGGCGGGCACCGAACCCUUCAUGGCUCCCGAGGUCCUCCAUCGCCAGCGGCAGUCCGCCAAGGUCGACAUCUGGUCCCUGUUCGCCACCAUCGUGUGGACGCGCACGGUCGAGUUCCGGCGCACGUGCUCCCAGCUGAGCGUCCCCGACCUGCACGCCUGGCUCGUCAACAUCUCCCAGAUGGAGCAGUACGCCAACAUCCGCAAGAUGGCCAGCAUGGAUCCGCGCAGGCGUCCGUCGGCGACAAAGCAGCUCGCCAUCCUCAACAACCAGUCCGAGGACUACGCCGGCGGCGUGGGCAGCUACGCCGGCUCCAGCGGAGACGAGCUGGCCGAGGAUCUGGGCACCCGCUUCUCGCGCGCCAUGAACCUGCAGGACCCGCCCAGCUUGACAUCCGAAUCCGGCAGUUUCGAGAUGGCCAGGCCUCCGGAGCUUCCCUAUUACGAGCCGUACGCGAGCGGGGUGAGGGAGAGCUACUAUGGCGCCCAGGCGGGACCGAGCAGGUGGUACGUGCCGCCGUCGCAGGGCCCGGCGGGCGCUCCGAGGGAUCACGAGGCAUGGGUCAGGCCUUACGAACCCCCCUAUGCACCGCCCGACAGCCAGGACAGCGGCAGCGGGACAGCCGUGCCGGACACCUGGACCGCCGUGGCUCCGACGUUAGAUGAUAUGAACAGGCCGGAGCUGGAGCCGGAGCCGGAGGAAGCGGCACCGCGGAGGAGAAGACGCUGAGGUAAGAACCGGGCUUAGACACCCUGUUCCUCAUACAGCGGGGUGGGCUAGGAUAUGUGUCCCCCAGAGACACAGGGGAAACCAUGUUUUUGGGUGCAUGUUUUUCCUUGACCUCUCUCUGUCAGCGAUUUUCGGGCUUUCGGGUUUUCGACACGAACGAUCACAUCCGGGAGUAGCAGAGAGACAGACGAUACCGUAGCGCGACUAAUCUGAUACGUUGAUGUCAUCCAACCGCGA